UAUUAUUUCUAUUUUUUUACUUUGAAGUAAUAAGUAAUGAGUGGUAAUACCUCUCUCUAGCUGGGCCUGAUAUGAGUAAUUAAUUUUUAUAGAAGUUCUAGAAUGUAUUUCGAACUUAUAUAGAUUGACACGAUUUAAUUUUUUAUACAUUUUUUAGGUUAAGAGCAACUGAAUAGGGACAUCAAUUUUUUGGCAUGAAAAUGAUUUUAUUUGGUUAACUAAAGAUUAUUGACUAGAAUAGAAAGGAGAUGACUUACAUCAAGCGUGUGGUUAGUAAAAAAAAAAGAAGAUACAUUGACAAUGAGUUUGAUUUGGACCUCUCAUAUAUCAAGCUGAAUAUAAUUGCAAUGGGCUAUCCUUCAGAAUAUCUUGAGGGUGUAUACAGAAACAAUUAUGAUGAUGUUGUCAGAUUUCUUGAAAAAAAGCAUAAAGACAAGUACAAAGUUUAUAAUCUCUGUUCAGAAAAGUAUUAUGAGCCAGAGAAGUUCAGUAGCAGAGUUUCUGUGUUUGGCUUUAAAGAUUAUAGUGCACCACCAUUUGAACUGAUUGAACAAUGUUGUGUUGAUAUGGAUAAUUGGUUGAUUAAAGACGUUGAAAAUGUUGCAAUAGUUCACUGCAUAGAUGGAUUGGGGCGCACAGGCAUAAUGAUAUGUGCAUAUUUAUUGUAUAAAGGUUACUAUGAUAAUGCAAAAGAUGCAAUGAAUUACUAUGCAGUAUAUCGAACUGAAAACAAAAAAGGUGUCACAAUACCCAGCCAAAAGAGAUAUAUAGAAUACUUCAGCUACUACCUAAAUCACAUUAAAAAUAAACCGGGUAUUGGUUUUGAUAGAAAAACUGUUUUUCUCAAAUCAUUCACAUUUAUUGGAAUUCCUACAUUCAAUUAUGGAACUUGUGUUCCAAGUUUUGUUGUUUUUUUGGGAGAGUUUGAGCUUUAUAAAUCCAAAACUUUUGAGAUAAAGAAAUCCGAGCAAGAAUAUACAAUGCAUUUGAAAAAUCCACUUCCACUUUGUGGCGAUAUUAAAGUAGAUUUCUUUCACACAGAUUUAUUUAAAAAGGAACGCAUGUUUGUUUUUUGGUUUAAUACUACUUUUUUGGAGUACGACAUAACGUCCACUCACCCAGUUACAUAUAAUAAAAAUGACAACAUAAAAUGCAUCUUAUUCAGUAAAAAUGAGCUUGAUAAAGCAAAUAAAGACAAAAAACACAAAUUUUUUCCUGAAAAUUUUAAGCUGUCUUUAAACAUUGUACUUCCUGAAAACGAAAAAGAAGAUAUCGAUAAAGGGUGUUAUAAUAAUGAAAGGAAACAAUGUGAUGAUAAGUUAAAAUCUAAUGGAAAUAAAAAUGAGAAAUUAAAUUCUUCAUCUACAGAUAAAUUAUAUGAACUUAGCGAUACACGAAAAAUGAUACCAACUUCCCGAGAAAAUUUUUGUAGGUCAUUAUCUCCGCCUUCUAAAAAACGAGAAAGCCCUGCCUCAAACAAAGGUGACUCUUUUAAUUGUUCCUUAAGACCAUCUUUAGACGCCCUGACUGUAGAAGAUACACCUACAGUAGAAGAAGAGCAAUUAAGUUAUGAUGAUGAUGAAGAAGAAGAGCAAUUAAGUGAUGACGACGAUGACAAUGAUGAAGAAGAAGAGCAAUUAAGUGAUGACGAUGAUGACAAUGAUGAAGAAGAAGAGCAAUUAAGUGAUGACGACGAAGAAGAAGAAGAAGAACAGGAAUGCAUGUUUCUUUUUGGGUUUAAUACUACUUGUUUGGAGUAUGACAUAACAUCCACUCGCCCUGUUACAACCAAUAAAAAUGACAACGUAAAACGCAUCUUAUUCAGUAAAAAUGAGCUUGAUAAAGCAAAUAAAGACAAAAAACACAAAUUUUUUCCUGAGAAUUUUAAGCUAUCUUUAAACAUUGCACUUCUUGAAAAUGGAAAAGAAGAUAUUGAUAAAGGGUGUAAUAAUAAAGAAACGAAACAAUGUGGUGAUAAAUUAAAAUCUAAUGGAAAUAAAAAUGAGAAAUUAAAUUCUUCAUCUACAGAAAAAUUAUAUGAACUUAGCGAUACACAAAAAAUGUUACCAACUCCCCCUGAAAAUCUUUGUAGGACAUUAUCUCCUCCUUCUAAAAAACAAGAAAGCCCUGCCUCAAACAAAGGUGACUCUCUUACUCGUUUCUUAAGACCAUCUUUUGACGCCCUAACUGUAGAAGAUACACCUACAGUAGAAGAAGAGCAGUUAAGUUUUGACAACGAAGAAGAAGAACAGAUAGAUCAUUUAUUAGAAGAAGUUUUGGAAUUAGAAUCGGCAGUUGAAGGUCUUCAAUUAUCUGACCAAAAUAAACAUAAUGGUAACACAAAUGAAAACACUAAAACAGAAACAAAAUGGGAUCAAUUUGCUGAAGGGCACGCCAUAGUUAAAUCGGGUAUUAUUAAAAAACGAAAGGGUUUGUUUGCUAAACGUCGCCAAUUUUUGCUUACAUAUGGUCCUGAACUUUACUAUGUUGACCCAAGUGCCAUGGUGUUAAAGGGAAAAAUUCCUUGGAAUCGAGACUUAAGACCAGAGGCCAAGAACUCUAAAAUAUUUUUUAUUCAUACACCGCGUCGAACAUAUUACUUAGAAGACCCUGAAAGUAAUGCCAUGGCUUGGGUAAAAGAAAUCGAAAAAGUUCACAAACAUUACUUUACUCCAAUAAAUAAUUCUAGCUUUAUGGUGUGAUUCGCUUUUAAUGCUUUAUAGUUUAACUCCAAUAUCAAUUAGCAAAGCUCCACCGUAAAUAUAUCAAACAAAAUCAGAACGUUUACCAUGUACUUUAAAUUACUUUAAAUAAGGUUGAUAA